AAAAAGAAAAGGUUCCAUCGCCUGCGGCUCUCACUCUAUCACUUCGCUGUUCCUCAAAGAAACCCUAAACCUCAACUCUAACCUCCACACUUCUCCACUUUCACUACCUUACCGCCCACAAGCUUCAUUUCAGUUUUCGUCCCCAUUUUAUUUCUGUUGCAGAGGUUCUCGAUUAACUAUGUCGGACGACGAAAGGGAGGAGCGAGAGCUGGAUCUCACCAGUCCUGAGGUCGUCACAAAAUACAAAAGCGCCGCCGAAAUUGUUAACAAGGCAUUGCAGUUGGUAUUGUCUGAAUGCAAGCCAGCAACAAAGAUUGUUGAUUUAUGUGAAAAAGGGGAUGCAUUCAUCAAAGAGCAAACCGGGAAUAUGUAUAAGAAUGUAAAGAAGAAGAUUGAACGAGGUGUUGCCUUUCCAACUUGCAUUUCAGUGAACAAUACUGUUUGUCAUGUUUCCCCACUGGCUAGCGAUGAGGCCGUUUUGCAACAAGGUGACAUAGUUAAGAUUGAUAUGGGGUGUCACAUUGAUGGUUUUAUUGCUGUAGUGGCCCAUACUCAUGUACUUCAGGAUGGGCCCGUUACUGGUAGAGCAGCUGAUGUUAUUGCGGCAGCAAAUACAGCUGCUGAAGUGGCAUUAAGGCUUGUUCGGCCAGGGAAGAAGAAUCAAGAAGUAGCAGAAGCAAUUCAAAAGGUUGCUGCAGCUUACGACUGCAGGAUUGUUGAGGGUGUACUGAGUCACCAAAUGAAGCAGUUUGUUAUUGAUGGUAAUAAAGUUGUGCUGAAUGUGUCCAGCCCUGACAUGAGAGUAGAUGAUGCAGAGUUUGAGGAGAAUGAGGUUUAUGCAAUUGAUAUAGUUACUAGCACUGGUGAUGGCAAACCAAAGCUGUUGGAUGAGAAGCAAACAACUAUCUAUAAGAGAGCUGUGGACAAGAACUAUAAUUUGAAGAUGAAAGCAUCAAGAUUUAUUUUCAGUGAAAUAAGUCAGAAAUUCCCUAUCAUGCCAUUCACUGCAAGAGACUUGGAAGAGAAGAGGGCUAGGUUAGGGCUGGUUGAAUGUGUCAACCAUGAUCUUCUGCAACCAUAUCCUGUUUUGCACGAGAAACCUGGUGACUUGGUUGCUCAUAUUAAGUUCACAGUUCUGCUCAUGCCAAAUGGAUCAGAUAGGAUCACAUCUCAUUCUCUACAGGAGCUGAAGCCCACAAAGACGGUAGACAGUGAUCCUGAAAUUAAGGCCUGGUUAUCCCUUCCAAUUAAGACAAAGAAGAAAGGUGGUGGGAAGAAAAAGAAAGGUAAGAAAGGAGACAAAGCAGAAGACUCAAUGCAGACUGAACCAGUUGAUGAAGAGGCAAAUGGCGCAUCUCAAUAAUGAGCUCCUGAGCUGCUGGUCUAUUAACCAACCACCUGUUUCAAGUUUGAAGUUAUUAAGCUGUUUCUGGGAUUGAGCAAAUCAGCUAGUCGUUUUUCCCCUUUACUUGGGUGAUGUAAUACAAAAUCAUAGAUAAAAGAUAUUUGUUAUCCUUUCAUUUUGACGCUUCACCAUGGUCUCUGGUUUAAAUUGAGCAGUUGGUUGUCGAGGAACGUAGCAGAGUUUUGCAUCAGUUCAAACAUAGGGCACUUUUAUAA